AUGUUAUCGAUCCCCCGACUACACCAGCAACAACUUCAACUCCAACGACAACUCCAGAACAACUCUUCCAAUAUCCAUCAGCAGUACCCUUUCGCACACAACUGUCACGCCGAAUAUAACGCUGCUUCCUACUCGGAUUUUCCUAGAUCGAACUACGACGACGAGAUUGCUGCUCUAAGCCAGCAACUACCCACCAAUCUCAUGCAGAACGAAGCCUGGGGACUCCCCCAGCAGGCCCCAAGACAGUCCCGCGCUCACCAGCGGGAAUCAUCCUUGUCAUCACUUGGAUCAUCUACUGCAGGACCUACUUCUCCUUUCAGCCAUCAAUUGCCGCACCCAUAUAUUGCAAUCACAGACACCAACGACCAAAGCAAUUCAUCAUCGCACUACCAAUUAGCCAAGACAAUGCCUUCGUACCAAACAUAUCAAAGUUGUGAUGGGAUCGAGCAUCCUACUAUGCCUGAGAUGGCCUACCCGAUCACGCUUCCUGGACCUAGUGGCAAGCCCAGAAUGGAUAGUCGAUUGAUGCAAGCUCCCGAAUUUUGCAACGGCUCCACGCGUUCGCAUCCUGCCUCGGUGGCGAGUUCCAUCGCAGGUGACUCACCUGCCACGCCUACAGUUGGCGAAACCGAUGUCACAGAGAGAAGGAGAAAAGGCUUUCCAAACGCCCCAAAGCUCGACAGAACCAUGACGGAUGCCUAUGUCGAUGAGCUUUACAGCCCCAACUUCGCCGUGACAUCUACGCCUCCCUCUCAAAGUCAAAUCUCAGUAUCGCCCACAAACGACCUCUUUAGCCAGCGACUCACUGCGGCCAACAAACAGCACCUCAACGCUGCCCAUUCACCAGCCUCUAGCACUUCGCGGGACAGAUCGCCCUUCCGCACCGGGUCCCCUCACGCACUAUCACCUGCGCAUGAUUUCGGAAACCACAAUCUGAAUCAAAACUUGCCUUUCAACAGCGCUCAGCGCAUGCGCGAGCAAACCAAGGCUCAGCAAGACGCGCAGUUCAUUCAACAGCAGAUGAAUAUGAAACAGGAACCCGAGACACCAAAGACCAUUUCUCCCAAGGAUGCUAUCCUGGAGUUCAACGAGUCUGAGGGUGACAACAACUUCCCUCUCUUCCCUCAGGAUUCCAGCUUCGGCAUGGACCAGUUUCCCAAGUCCAUGAUGAGCUCGCAGGAGUCAAUUCCCGAAACACAUAUCCAAAACCAUUUUAACUUUCUUCCACCUCAUGGAGCUCCUGGUAUCACUAUACCACAACAAUACCCAUUCAUCGCGCACCCAACACGAAUCAGCCAUGAUACUCCUCCUCGUCUGAGCUCAACUGGCUCAAGUUCAAAUGGGUCGCGCAACGCCACUCCUGCAACCCGCCCUACCAACACUGCUGCCGAUGGUGGCACUUACACUUGCACAUAUCACGGCUGCACUCUACGAUUCGACACACCAACGCAGCUUCAGAAGCACAAGCGAGAGGGUCAUCGUCAGACACAGACAAUGGGUCCUGCCCGCCCUCGCGACGUUGGCAUGACAUCUGCACUGGUGAACACCCAGGCUGGUCCCCAUCGUUGCGAUCGAAUCAACCCAAGCACUGGAAAGCCCUGCAGCACCGUUUUUUCUCGGCCGUACGACCUGACCCGUCACGAGGAUACCAUCCACAAUGCUCGAAAGCAAAAGGUGCGAUGCGAUCUCUGCACCGAAGAGAAGACCUUCAGCCGUGCAGACGCACUCACCAGACAUUACCGGGUGUGCCAUCCGGACAUGGAGCUUCCGGGCAAGCAUCGACGACGAGCCGGCGCUUGA